AUGUCAUCUGAGGCUCCCAUCGCCCUUCUUUCCGUCUACGACAAGACCGGUCUCCUCCCUUUUGCCAAGGGACUCAAGGAGUUGGGAUUCAGAUUGUUGGGUAGUGGUGGUACUGCCAAAUUGAUCAGAGAGAACGGUAUGGAGAUUGAGGAUGUGUCAAGUAUCACGAAAGCACCUGAGAUGUUAGGUGGUCGAGUCAAGACUCUUCAUCCUGCUGUUCACGGAGGUAUCCUCUCUCGGGAUAUCCCCUCAGAUCUCGCCGACCUAUCCGCCAAUUCCAUCUCCCCCAUUACAUUGGUAGUGUGCAACCUCUACCCAUUCGUCCUGCAAACUUCCAAACCUGACUGUACCCUCGCCGGAGCUAUCGAAGAAAUUGAUAUUGGUGGUGUAACGCUUUUAAGAGCGGCAGCCAAGAAUCACGGAAGAGUAUCCAUCAUCUCUUCUCCAUCAGAUUACCAAACUAUUCUUGACGAAAUCAAAUCCAAUGGAAAGGUAUCAGAGGAGACUAGAAGAGGAUUAGCAUUAAAGGCAUUUGAAGAUACAAAAUCUUACGAUGAGGCCAUCUCAGAUUACUUCAGGAAAGUGUAUGCUACACCUGGUGUUGAGGACGGUAUGAAGGCUACCGCUGGUGUAGGAUAUCAGAGAUUACAGUUGAGAUACGGAGCAAACCCUCACCAGAAACCUGCUCAGGCAUUUGUCGAGAAAGGUGAAAUGCCAAUCAAGACCCUCUCCGGUUCUCCUGGAUACAUCAACCUCCUCGAUGCCCUCAACUCAUGGGCUUUGGUCAAAGAGCUUGCAGCAGCCUUGAACCUCCCAGCAGCAGCUUCCUUCAAACACGUCUCUCCAGCCGGUGCAGCCGUCGGUCUCCCCCUCGACGAACGAGCCGCCAAAGUAUUCGGUGUAGAUGACUUGAAAGAGCUUUCUCCCUUGGCUUGUGCCUACGCUCGAGCUAGAGGUGCCGAUAGAAUGUCAUCUUUCGGUGAUUGGGUUGCUCUUUCCCACACUGUCGAUGUUCCCACCGCCAAGAUCAUCUCCCGAGAAGUAUCAGAUGGUGUGAUUGCCCCAGGUUACGAGCCUGCCGCUUUGGAGAUUUUGAGCAAGAAGAAGGGUGGUAAAUACUGUGUUUUACAGAUGGACCCCAACUACGAACCUGCCGAAAUUGAAACUCGACAAGUCUACGGUGUUUCUCUCCAACAAAGGCGAAAUGAUUGUAAGAUUGAUGAGUCCUUGUUCCAGAAUAUCGUCACCAAGAACAAGAAUCUCCCUAAAUCCGCUGUCAUCGAUCUCAUCGUCGCUACUCUCGCUUUGAAAUACACUCAAUCCAACUCUGUAUGUUACGCCCUUAACGGUACCGUUAUCGGACUUGGUGCGGGCCAACAAUCGCGUAUCCACUGUACUCGAUUAGCAGGUGAUAAAGCCGAUAACUGGUGGUUGAGACAUCACCCUAGGGUAUUGGACUUGCCAUUCAAGAAGGGAACCAAGAGGGCUGAUAAAGCCAAUGCUAUCGAUUUGUACGUUACUGGACAAGCGUACGAGUCUGAAGGUGGAGAGAGACAACAAUGGGAAUCAUUAUUUGAAACUACACCCGAACCAUUAACGAAAGAUGAGAAGAAACAACAUUUAGCUCAAUUGAAUGGUGUAGCAUGUUCUUCAGAUGCUUUCUUCCCCUUCCCUGAUAAUGUUCACCGAGCCAAGAGAUCCGGUGCGACUUAUCUGUGUGCUCCAUCGGGAAGUAUAAUGGAUGCGGAGUGUAUCAAGGCGGCUGAUGAGAAUGAGUUGUUAAAAAUGUAUACUGAAUUUGCGUUUGCCCUCGGAUAG